CGUUGAACCAGGAAGCGAGAGGGCGGUGCUAGGCAAAGAUCUGGUGGCUAAAUAAAAUACGCAUCCACCAUGACAGCCAUCAAGCAUGCCCUCCAGCGGGACAUAUUCACACCCAAUGAUGAGCGUCUCCUUGGCAUUGUAAAUGUCUGCAAGGCAGGAAAGAAAAAGAAGAACUGCUUCUUGUGUGCAACUGUCACCACUGAACGACCAGUGCAAGUUAAAGUGGUAAAGGUGAAAAAGUCGGACAAAGGCGACUUUUACAAGCGGCAGCUGACAUGGGAACUACGGGAUUUAACGGAAGUAGAUGCUAAAGAUGCAAGCAAGGAGAACCCAGAGUUUGAUCUUCACUUUGAGAAGAUCUACAAGUGGGUUGCCAGCAGCACGGCUGAAAAAAACUCCUUUAUCUCCUGCAUUUGGAAGCUCAACCAGCGAUACCUUAGGAAGAAAGUGGAGUUUGUAAAUGUUAGUCCUCAACUGCUUGAAGAACUUCCUAAAGCGGAAGAGUCUGUACCGAGUGGUGAGAGUCCCAGCGUUGUUGGUGGAGAUGAGGAUGCUCUGGAUGAUUACCAGGAGCUCAGCGCACGUGAGGAACAAGACAUCGAGAGCAUGAUGGAGAUGUGCGAGUACGCAAUUUCAAACGCUGAGGCCUUUGCCGAGCAGCUUUCCCGGGAGCUGCAGGUUCUGGAUGGGGCAAACAUCCAGUCCAUCAUGGCUUCGGAGAAGCAGGUCAACAUCCUGAUGCAGCUGCUUGAUGAAGCCCUCGGUGAGGUGGACACUAUCGAGGGCAAGCUGAGUAGCUAUGAGGAGAUGCUGCAGAGCGUCAAAGAUCAAAUGGACCAGAUCUCUCAGAGCAACCGCCUCAUUCAAAUCAGUAACACUAACAAUGGAAAGCUGUUGGAUGAGAUUCAGUUUUUAGUGAAUUACAUGGACCUUUCUAAAGGACACAUCAGGGCACUCCAGGAUGGAGAUCUCAGCUCCCCGAAAGGAAUAGAAGCCUGUAUCAACGCAGCUGAAGCUCUUCUACAGUGUAUGAACGUGGCGCUACAACCAGGUCAUGAAAAGUUGAUGGCAGUAAAACAGCAGCAAAACCUGUUCACAGAGCUGAGAGAUACUUUCGCUCGCCGCCUCACCAAUCACCUGAACAAUGUUUUUGUUCACCAGUUCAACCACUUCAGUCACUUCAAAAUGACCAUUCCUCAGUUCUAUAGGUCCUCCUGUCUGUCACUUCCAGGACACGACCAAAGCUCCACGCUGGCGCAGCACACGGCUGAAUUGACACUGCCCAAACACAACCCACUCCACAGAGACCUGCUGCGCUAUGCCAAGCUCAUGGAGUGGCUGAAGACCACCCACAGAGAGAAAUACGAGGGUCUCUCCAGGACUUAUGUUGACUAUAUGAGCAGACUGUAUGAACGGGAAAUCAAAGACUUCUUUGAGGUGGCCAAGGUGAAGAUGGCAGGUACCAGCAAGGAGGCGAAGGGCAAGUUUGCCACGCUUCCGCGGAAAGAGAGUGCACUCAAACAGGAGACAGAAAGCCUACAUGGCAGCUCUGGGAAGCUUACAGGUUCAACUUCAAGUCUGAAUAAGCUGACAGUGCAAGGAUCCAACAGCCGGCGAUCCCAGUCCUCCUCACUGCUGGAUAUGGGCAACAUGUCCGCCUCAGACCUGGACGUGGCUGACAGGACUAAGUUUGAUAAGAUAUUUGAGCAGGUCCUGAGUGAACUGGAGCCCCUAUGUUUGGCUGAACAAGACUUCAUUAGCAAAUUCUUCAAACUGCAGCAGCAUCCUACGGUGGCACCUCCACUGGCCCAGCCUGAAGUGGAAGAAUCAGAUGGAGUCAAUCAAUCACGAAUUCUUCCCCAGACAGAACACCGACAUUCAAUGUCAUCAGACAAGGACAUGGUGCGACUGAUGAUGAUCAAGAUCUUCCAGAGCAUUGAGACUGAGCUCAACAGCCUCAUUGCGUUAGGCGACAAGAUCGACAGUUUCAAUUCUCUCUACAUGUUGGUGAAGAUGAGUCACCACGUGUGGACAGCUGAGAAUGUCGAUCCAGCUUCCUAUCUCAGCACUACUUUAGGAAACGUGCUGGUUACUGUCAAGAGGAACUUUGACAAGUGUAUUUCUGCUCAGAUACGACAAAUGGAGGAGGUCAAAAUCUCGAAGAAGAGCAAAGUUGGGAUUCUACCAUUUGUUGUUAACUUUGAGGAGUUUGCUGAGCUGGCAGAAACUAUAUUUCGAAAUGCAGAGCGACGAGGAGACCUGGACAAAGCUUAUGUCAAACUCAUCAGAGCGGUCUUCAUAAAUGUGGAGAAGGUGGCCAAUGAAAGCCAGAAAACGCCCCGUGACGUUGUGAUGAUGGAGAACUUUCACCACAUCUUCUCCACCUUGUCACGUUUGAAGAUUUCCUGUCUGGAUGCUGAGAGACGAGAGGCCAAGCACAAAUACACUGAUCAUCGGCAGUCUUACGUUAUCAACUCUUUAGGACAGCCUUUAGAGAAACUGAAUCAUUUCUUUGAAGGAGUUGAAGCCCGCGUGGCUCAGGGGGUUCGAGAGGAAGAGGUGAGCUACCAGUUGGCCUUUAACAAGCAAGAGUUGCGCAAAGUUAUCAAAGAGUACCCUGGAAAAGAGGUCAAAAAGGGACUGGAUAACCUGUACAAGAAGGUUGACAAACACCUGUGUGAAGAGGAAAGUUUGCUGCAGGUGGUGUGGCACUCCAUGCAGGACGAGUUCAUUCGUCAGUACAAGCACUUUGAAGAUUUGAUCGGCCGAUGUUACCCAGGGUCCGGCAUCACCAUGGAGUUUACUAUCCAGGACAUGUUGGAGUAUUUCUCCAGUAUCGCUCAGUCGCACUAGUCCUCACAUUUCACUUGUUAACCAUGGUAAGGUUAUCUGGAGAUUUGUAAAGAAGACAUGAAUGCACUUUUGCCUGAUUUUCUCACUCACUUAUCUCUGCUGUUUUUGUAUAUCCACAUCAUUGUGUAAUGCCAUUCAUCUUGAGUAAGUCAAAGAGUUGCCAUCUCAAAUAAAAAAAGUUUGA